AUGAGAAUGGUAAAGUAUACACUAGAAAUGUUGUAUACAAUGAACUACUGCAAUGAAAGUAAAUUUAUUGAUUUUGUAACUAUACAACAAUUAAUAGAAAGGAAUGACCUGAUGUUGCAGUUAUAUUCAAAAGCGCUAUUUUGGUAUACUAUUCAUUCAUCACCCAUUUUGAUAAAUGGGAUAGCACAGCUAGUCUUUUAUAAAACGGCAUUUUGUGGUUCUCUUUGUUUCAGUUCUUACGAUUUUAUCGUUACGUAUCUCAACAGAACACAUAACACAACCGAGGAGGAUUAUAAGAAGGACAUUUGA